AUGGCAGCUACCUACCUUACCCAGUCACUUUUCGAGGUCGUGCUUACCUCCAACUUAGAUUGGAAGGAACCUUCCUACGAAGCCAGCUCAACCCCAACCAUAGCCAGCGCCGAUUAA